ACGAGACGGUCUCCCAUCAGCUGCUCAUCUGUACCUGGAAUAUAGAGGACGUCUUCGGCUACGUGCUAGCUAGCUAGCUAGCUAGCGUCAGCAUGGCGAGUUACGAUCAACCAAACGGAAAGUUUUACAAUCAUCUCAAGGGAGAGACUGACUGAUGGUGUGAAGAAGCAUGAAGAUGUCUCCUUGGUCCAGAAGUCCUUAUCACCGCUACUGACACCAGGGGCUUCAGAUACAACGUCUAAGUGACUCCAGCUCUGCCCUGACUUUACUGCAGUGUGGCCGACUUUUCCCUAGACAGACCCGGGGCAAUUUCUGCAGUGGAUUGAGGGAGCUGCAUGCAUGGUGAUCUCCAGCUCUGCGGGUGAUCCUCAGUCACCAUGAAAGACUAGGAACUCAGCUCUCCAAGGGAAAUGGCUUCUUUUGUAUUAUCCCUUCCCUGCUACCUGGCAGUCGACUCCAGCUGCCUGUGACGGAUCCGUCGGCUGUUAAUGGGAACCUUUUUUUUUUUUUUUUUUUUUUUUUUGCUGCACACUUAAGGAUUUAAGCUUUUCCGGGACGACACUCUUUUUUUUAAUCAACCCCUCCUUUUGACACCGAAGCAGCAGCACUUUGCAGUACAGCGGGUACACAAUGGCAAACAACUCGUACACUGGGGUAAAGAACUCGAUAGUAGAGGCCAACCACGAUGGAGAGUUUGGCUGCUCGCUCAAAGAACUGCGCUCUCUUAUGGAACUGAGGGGCGCUGAAGCAAUAGGCAAAAUUGGGGAAUCUUAUGGGGAUAUUCAAGGACUCUGCAACCGAUUAAAAACAUCAUCUAUAGAUGGACUAAGUGGCCAGCCUGCAGACAUCGAGAAGAGGAAAACGGUGUUUGGGCAAAAUUUUAUACCACCCAAAAAGCCCAAAACCUUCUUACAGUUAGUGUGGGAGGCACUACAGGAUGUCACACUGAUUAUCCUGGAAGUGGCAGCCGUAGUUUCACUAGCCCUUUCUUUUUAUAGACCUCCAAAUGCCGAAAGAGACCAUUGUGGCAAGGCUGCUGGCGGUGUGGAGGAUGAAAAUGAGGCGGAGGCAGGCUGGAUCGAGGGUGCUGCCAUUCUUCUGUCAGUUAUCUGUGUGGUGCUGGUGACAGCAUUUAAUGACUGGAGUAAAGAGAAGCAGUUUAGGGGCCUCCAGAGCCGCAUCGAGCAGGAACAGAAAUUUACUGUUGUUCGUGGAGGACAAGUUAUCCAAAUUCCUGUGGCUGAUAUUGUCGUGGGCGAUGUUGCACAAGUAAAAUAUGGCGACCUUUUGCCUGCCGACGGAGUCCUCAUCCAAGGCAACGACCUGAAGAUUGAUGAGAGCUCGCUUACAGGGGAGUCGGACCAUGUCAAGAAAACACUAGAAAAGGAUCCAAUGCUGUUAUCAGGCACCCAUGUAAUGGAAGGCUCAGGGAAAAUGGUGGUCACUGCUGUGGGUGUCAACUCUCAAACUGGAAUUAUCUUCACUCUACUUGGAGGAGGAGAGGAUGAGGACGAUGAAGAAGAAGAGAAGAAAAAGGAAAAAGAAGAGAAGAAGAAGCAGAAAAAAAAUAAGAAGCAGGAUGGAUCUGUGGAAAAUCGUAAGAAAGCUAAAGCUCAGGAUGGUGCUGCGAUGGAAAUGCAGCCUCUGAACAGCGAUGAGGGAGCUGAUGCCGAGGAGAAGAAGAAAGCCAACCUGCCAAAGAAAGAGAAGUCUGUUCUCCAGGGCAAACUGACCAAACUAGCUGUACAAAUCGGCAAAGCAGGUCUGGUUAUGUCAGCCAUCACUGUUAUUAUCCUGGUGGUGCUGUUUGUAGUAGACACUUUCUGGAUACAGAACGUGCCCUGGACGAGAGAAUGCACACCAGUUUACAUUCAGUUCUUUGUGAAGUUUUUCAUCAUCGGCGUCACUGUCCUGGUGGUGGCUGUCCCCGAAGGCCUGCCUCUUGCUGUUACAAUCUCCCUGGCGUACUCUGUUAAGAAAAUGAUGAAAGAUAACAACCUGGUGCGUCACUUGGACGCCUGUGAGACCAUGGGCAACGCCACUGCCAUCUGCUCAGACAAGACCGGUACCCUCACAAUGAACCGCAUGACCGUGGUCCAAGCCUACGUUGCAGAAAAGCAUCACAAGAAAGUCCCCGAACUAGAAAACAUCCCCGCCUCCACGUUAGACAUUCUGAUUCUGGGCAUUGCAGUCAACUGCGCCUACACCACUAAGAUCAUGCCUCCGGAGAAGGAAGGUGGCCUGCCACGGCAAAUUGGUAACAAGACCGAAUGUGCCUUGCUUGGCUUCGCUCAUGACCUAAAGCGUGACUACCAGGCUAUCCGCAACGAGAUCCCAGAAGAGAAACUAUACAAAGUCUACACCUUCAACUCGGUCCGAAAAUCCAUGAGCACCGUUUUGAAGAUGGCUGAUGGCAGCUACCGCAUGUUCAGCAAAGGGGCCUCUGAAAUUCUUUUAAAAAAGUGCUAUAAAAUCCUGACAGCCAAUGGUGAGCCCAAGGUGUUCCGCCCACGUGACAGAGAUGACAUGGUAAAGAAAGUGAUCGAGCCCAUGGCCUCAGAGGGUCUACGGACCAUCUGCCUCGGCUAUAGAGAUUUUCCUGCCACCGACGGAGAGCCCGACUGGGACAACGAAAAUGAUAUCCUCACUGGACUGACAUGCAUCUGUGUGGUGGGCAUCGAAGACCCCGUCAGACCCGAGGUCCCAGAUGCUAUCAGGAAAUGCCAACGUGCGGGCAUCACCGUGCGUAUGGUGACUGGGGACAACAUUAACACAGCUCGAGCCAUCGCCACCAAGUGUGGCAUCCUUCAGCCCGGGGACGACUUCCUCUGCGUGGAAGGCAAAGAGUUCAACCGACGGAUACGCAAUGAGAAAGGAGAGAUUGAACAAGAGCGCAUUGACAAGAUCUGGCCCAAACUACGAGUUCUGGCUCGCUCUUCCCCCACAGACAAGCACACCUUAGUGAAAGGCAUUAUCGACAGCACAGUGGCAGAACAGAGGCAGGUAGUAGCAGUGACAGGAGAUGGUACAAAUGACGGUCCUGCUUUGAAGAAAGCGGAUGUUGGCUUCGCAAUGGGUAUUGCCGGCACCGAUGUGGCCAAAGAGGCAUCUGACAUCAUUCUGACUGACGACAACUUCUCCAGCAUCGUCAAAGCUGUCAUGUGGGGACGCAAUGUCUACGACAGCAUCUCCAAGUUCCUCCAGUUCCAGCUUACUGUCAAUGUGGUGGCUGUCAUUGUAGCAUUCACUGGAGCCUGUAUCACACAGGACUCCCCACUGAAAGCCGUGCAGAUGUUAUGGGUCAACCUGAUCAUGGACACGUUCGCCUCAUUAGCCCUGGCCACGGAGCCCCCCACAGAAUCCCUGCUGCUAAGGAAGCCUUACGGCCGCAACAAGCCCCUCAUCUCACGCACAAUGAUGAAGAACAUCCUGGGUCACGGCGUGUACCAGCUAGUCAUUAUCUUCACUCUGCUCUUUGCUGGGGAGAAAAUGUUUGACAUUGACAGCGGCAGGAACGCGCCCCUCCACGCUCCACCCUCAGAACACUACACCAUUGUGUUCAACACCUUUGUCAUGAUGCAGCUUUUCAACGAGAUCAACGCCCGAAAGAUCCACGGCGAAAGGAACGUCUUCGAUGGCAUCUUCAACAACCCUAUCUUCUGUAGUAUUGUCUUUGGAACCUUCGUCAUCCAGAUCGUCAUUGUGCAGUUUGGAGGCAAACCUUUCAGUUGCGUGGCUCUGAGCAUUGACCAGUGGCUGUGGUGCACUUUCUUAGGCUUUAGCUCUCUACUGUGGGGACAGGUUAUCUCCUCGAUACCCACCAGCCGAUUAAAGUUCCUAAAGACGGCGGGUCAUGGCACCCAGAAGGAGGAGAUCCCAGACGAGGAGCUGGAGGAGCUAGAGGACAUGGAUGAGAUUGACCACGCCGAACGGGAGCUUCGUCGAGGCCAGAUCCUCUGGUUCCGGGGCCUUAACCGCAUCCAGACUCAGAUGGAUGUAGUGAGUGCGUUCCAGAGUGGAACUUCCUUUCAGGGGGCUCUAAGGCGGCAGGCCUCCAACUCCAGCCAACAACAGCACGAUAUCCGAGUGGUGAAUGCAUUCCGCAGCUCCAUCUCCCUCUAUGAGGGGCUGGAGAAGCCAGAGUCACGAACAUCGAUCCACAACUUCAUGACCCACCCCGAGUUCCGGAUAGAGGACUCUGAGCCCCAUAUCCCCCUCAUAGACGACACUGACGCAGAGGACGACGCUCCUACCAAGCGCAACUCCGCCAGCCCUCGCAAUGUCACUCCCACGCCACCCUCUCCCUCGCUCACCACUACCGUCGCCCCCAGCACGCCGGUUUCCCCCUCCCCUAACCAGAACAAUAAUGCCGUGGAGAGCGGCAACCACCUCCUCCCAGAGGGCCCCAAAUCAGGACCCCCCUCGGCCCCGGAGAGCCCCCUGCACAGCCUGGAGACCUCCCUUUGAUCCGACCCGCGGCUCCACGCAUCAUCACCACCACUUCUACGAGCUCAGCUCAGACGACAUGAAGGAACCCUUGGAAAGGAGACGAAAGGCGAGGAAAGCGGAGUCUUGUGAGCUUGGCUUGGGCUGGAUUAACAGAACAGCAAACAUUCAGAUGAAUGUACGGCUUGGUGUGGACGCUUUGGUCUUCUUUCAUUUUUUUGGUUCUUAUUAAUACCCCGCUGCAACAGGACUCCGUCUCCACCCCUCCCUUCUUGACAACUUUGCGUUUUUCUCGAUAAACAAGGGGUGAUUAAAAACUGAUUGAAAGUGACCUGUUUUUAUUCUAUUAUUUGAAGUAAGAAGGGGAAGGGGGGUCUCCUCCUGGCUUGAAGAUCGACCGUAUGAAUUACAAAGAACCUUUAGCUUCUCUUUUUAUCUGAAUGGUGUUGUAUAUUUAUCUCUUUGGCCCUUGCUCAUUCAAAACUUAUUUCUGCUCCAUUGGCUGUUAAUAUUUUGAGUUAUUUAUGUUUUUUGGAAAAAGCAGGUCUGUUUACAAAGUUUGUAGAUACUUUUUUUCUGUUUGUAGGCGAAGAGCUUCCUGAUCUAUGAUGCAGAGAACUGGGACAGAAUAAAAAUGAAUGAGGAUUAUUUCAGAUACUGCUGUAUUUUCAGGAAAAGGGGUGUUUCUAUUGAAACUUAACUAUUUUUGCCUGCAAGUUUUAUUUGUUAUAUAUUUGUAGAUAAAUAUAGAACCUUCUAGCCAAAUGGUUAAACAUUAAGGCUUGUAUAGAAAGAGGUCCAUCAGGCCUUUCACAGGCGACAAGACAGGAAAGACAAACAGGGCCUCUGUCCACUAACAUCGCUAUAAAUAUUUACUUCUUCCAUUUCUUCGAUAGUUUCAUGUGCACAAACCUUCUGGAGUUUCUGGACUUUCUUUGUAUUCAUUAUGUUGUAUCCAAGGAUUUCCACAUGUUGAAAGGUUCGCUUAAUAAAGGGAUUUUUUUUAGAAAACACCUGGGCCCGUAUUUAGCAAGCAUCUCAGAACAGCAUCUAGAAAUCACGCUGAAAAGCUGGACUCGGAAACAAAGUCUUACCUCAGAGUGGGACGUGACCGUCACUUUCAGGAUGUCUCCUACAUUUCCGUGGUUAGAAAACACUUGGAUUCUUUCAGUCAAAGUGUCUUCUAGCAGCUGUUAUUUGUUACUUAAACGAUGUAGAUUAUUUAAUGCAGGAAUUAUCAAACUGAUUCACUUGUUGAUCUCUUAUAAGCUAGUUUAUGCACAAUUUGGCUCUUUUUGCCAAAACUCACUAAAAGCACUAUAUUCACUCGCAGAUCAACUUAUUUCCUUUUGACCAGCACUGUAUUGCGACCUGCUCGACCAGUGCACCUAUUUAUUUUUCAGUAAGACGUUUAAGUCUAAAUGUGAACGUGCCUUGGCUACACUAAUGAUUUAGACGAUGCUUUAUCCCAUCGUUGACCACCUUCAGGACUCUCCUGCUACUCCCUUGGCUCAAAGUUAACGCAGGUCAUCCUCAUGCUUGUUGGCCAGUCAGGACUGGUUUCCUCCCACUGGAUGCUUGAUAAAUAUGGACCUUGUCUCUUUUUUUUUUUGUUUGUUACUAAUUAGUGCAUUAUAUUUCUUUGUUUUCAGCAAAAUGUUAGCCCCUUGCCAAUGUACAAUGUUGACAUUUGUUUACUCAGGCAACGAAAAAGUAUUUAUUUAAAAUAAAUCUAUAAAGAGCGACACUUCAGACUUUGUGUAUUUAGGUAGUAAAACAUCGUCUUAGUCGAAGAUCAAGUGAAUUAUUUUCAUAUCUCAUUUAAUCUCUAAAUCAAAAUUAAUUUCUCCCAGUUGUGGUUUGACAUUUUAGAAAUCAGCAACUGUGGAGGGAAGGUUUUAUUUAAUUUGCUUUUUUUUUUUAUUGAACCCUGUUCAUAAAAGUCUUUUCUUCAUGAAUAAAUGUUGCUGCAUUUGAGUUGUUUGUAAAAUAUUUUUGACACCUGAUGUACUGGAAACACUAAAGUAUUUGACAUGUGCAUUUUUCAAGAAUAAAGCCUAGGAAUACACUGGUA